AUGGCCACCGAAGACCUCAAACCAAAGAUUCUUUCGCAGGUCGAGUUCUACUUCUCGGACUCCAACCUUCUGAACGAUAAGUUCCUUUUCACUACUCAGCAAGCCAACGACGGUUGGGUCCCAAUUAGCGUCAUUUCGCAGUUCGAGCGUAUGAAGAAGUACAGACCGAUCGAGACCAUUGUCGAGGCCCUAAGACAGUCCGAGAGCCUUUUGGAGGUGUCUGAGAACGGCGAGAUGGUGAGAAGAAAGACUCCACUGCCAGCAAACCAGAACGAGGUCCAGGUUGCAAUCAACAAGAGGAGCGUUUUUGUCGAGCACUUACCGGAGGAUGCCACUUUGGACGAGCUCAUUGAGUUUUUCGGAAAGUUUGCCCCUGUGAACCAGGUCAGAAUGAAGAAAAGGGACAAGAAGUUUGUUGGAUCUGUUUUCGUCGAGUUCAAGAAGGAGGAGGACGCUCAAAAAUUUGUGUCUGCGGAGGAGAAGCCAAAGUACAACGACAAGGAGCUUAAUGUGAUCAGCAAGGUCAGCUACGACGAAUAUAAGGCCCAGAAGUUUGGCGAGAGAAGAGGCGGCCGUGGCAGAAAGGAAAAAUACAGAAAAGACGACCAGAAGGACCGUAAGAGAGAAGAGUCUCCAAAGAGAGAGGAGAAGGGCGAAAAGGAAGACAGAAACGACACGAAGGAGGAAAAAAAGCCAAAGGACGACAAGAAGGAAGAGUAA